AUGAAGUUCUUCGCCGUCGCCGCGCUCCUCACAUCGGCCCUGGCCGUGCCCACCCCCGACAUCGAGUCUCGUUCCUUGCUUGGCCCCUGCGGCGUUAGCGUCGGCUUUUCCAUUCCAUCAUGUUGCGCCGCCAGCGUCCUGGACGUUGCCGUCCUUGACUGCCGUUCCCCCCCCGAAGCCCCAAGUCUGGAAGCCCCGUUCUCGAAGAUCUGCGCUGCGAAGGGCAGGACUCCCAAGUGCUGCUCUAUUCCUCUUGCCGGUCUUGCCUUGUUUUGCAAGGACCCCGUCGGCGAAUAUUAA